CACAUUUUCUUGUAUCAUUGUAAAGGGAAUUGAUUAUGACAUAUGGUUACUUUCGAGAAAAUGGGUAUGCAAAGACAUUUUCUGUACCAAUUCAGUUGAUAGUUUGGUUUAAACUUUAUUUUAGAGCUAAAAAUCGGUCUUAUUUAAACGUGAAAUAUCGAAAAUUGAAGGACUACAUUAGGGUUUCAGUCUUCUUCAAGGGCAAUGCACUGUGGGUACAAUUUGUCCACUGCGCAUGCGCAGAUCAGUUUACAGUUGGAUUUUGUCAUAAAAUGGCGUCAGCUAAGUUUCUGGAGGAAGCUCUUAAUACAGACGUGGAUGAGUCGGCAGUGAAUGCGUUAGUGGGUUCGUUAGAAACGUCUUUAGUUACUACAACACCCGCGGCUUCUAAUCAACAAGGAGUUGCAGUUAGUGUAAAUCAGAACCAUUUAAAUAGUGCUAUUUCAAAUGGAUCCUCACUUUCGUCUCAGAAACACGGUGUCCUCAACGGUGGAUCGGAUUCUAUGAAUAUAAUUCUCAACUCGGAUGCUAACAAAGUUAUUUCUUGUAGUAAUCACCAGAGUGCUAUACCUAGUGUAGUCAACACUGUUGUUGCAUCUUUGCAUGGAGGUGUUCAAUCUAGUGGAUAUAUAAAUCAAAUUUCAUCUAAUAUAGGCUUAGUUCAGUCAAAUGUUGCAAGCAUAAAUAAGUCACAAGACUCAGUGAAGCUUGUUUAUCCUUCUAGUACUCAGUCAGUCACUUCUACUGUAGGAGGGACUAACAGAGUUACAUAUCCUAACAAUCAGACAAUAUCAUCCCUUCCUAAUGGUAACUUAGGAAUUUCUCAAAUUAAUACACAUGGUAAUGUCUUAAAUGUGUCAAAUGCCAAUGUUCAAAGUGCAGUUUCUCAGAGUUUCUCUCAAUCGGGAACUAAUUUAAACAAACAAGUCAGUGGUGUUGGUGUUGUUGGAAUGGACCAAAAUAAACCUACCGGCACCGCUCUAGUUAUUAAGUCUAGUGGUAAUAAUCAUGGACCUCAGGGUAUACCUUUGACUCAAGGAUUAGUAUCUGUGCCUAUGACAGUGAACACAACAAUGACUUUGACAGGCACUCAUGUAAACGCUGCAAUGGGAACUACGACCACAAGUGGUGUUCCAGGAGUGGUAACGCUGACUAAACCUAUAAACCAGUCAGUAGGAUCUCAACAAGGUAUCGUAGGAAAUAACCCAACAAUCAUACCUGCAAACGUUCAAAUUUUAAACGUCAACGCAAUCAGAGCGGGCACUCCGACACAACCAGGACAAAAAACAGCUCCUCAGAGGGUUAUGACCAUUGGAACACAACAGAUGGUGGGGGCUCGUCCAGGACAACCAGGGCAACCAAUAACCCUGCAGGCGCUGCAACAGUUGCAAGGAGCGCAGGGCGGCCACCUGUUGUUGAAGACUGAGAACGGCCAGUAUCAGUUGCUGCGAGUCGGUCCUGCGCAGACACCAACAGCCGCUAUCGCACCUAACAAUGCUACCAACACACAGGCCUUCAGAGUGCAAUCAGUACCUGCGGGCGGGGCUGUGGCAGCGACGGUCCAGACGCAGGUUCCUGCUCUCACCACACAGUCCACGGCCGCUGCUACAGCGGCGACACCGCAACGCCACCCGUCCGCAGAUACGGUGAAAGAGAAAUGCCGUAAGUUCCUAGCCAACCUGUUGGAGUUGUCCUCGAGAGAGCCCAAGGCGGUAGAGCGCAACGUCAGGACACUUAUCCAGGAACUUGUCGACACUAAGGUGGAACCAGAGGAGUUCUGUGACCGAUUGGAGAGAUUACUCAAUGCCUCACCACAGCCUUGUCUCAUUGGAUUUUUGAAGAAAAGUUUACCACUCCUGCGCCAGUCGAUGGUGACCAAAGAGCUGAUUAUAGAUGGUAUCCGGCCUCCACCUGCCAGUGUCUUGUACAAUCAGCAGACGACGGUCGUUCAACAACAGACUUUACAGCAAGGGCAGGUUCGACCGCAGCAGCCUCCGCAGAUGAGAGUGAUUACGCAGUCAGCUGCGACUACAGUGUCCGGCACGCCUCCCCGGCCGUCACCAGUGCAGCAUCGGAUAGUUACUCCAAUGCGAGUGCCAGCGCCCGGCACCAAGGUGGCUCCAGGCACACCCAUCGUUGGGUUGAGGCCGCAAACAGCGACUGCGAAUACCGCUAUCAGAGUGCAGACGCCGAUACGGACGAACCUGGCCAAGCCCGGGGUCCCGGCGGUAGGCCUCAAGCCUAACCAGCUGCUGGCCAAGGCCACCAUAGCCACUCGACCAGUCGGCACCCCUCUGGCCACCACGUCUCUCAGACAACCCAUCCACCCCUCCCCCUCCAUACUGCUCAAGGCUGUGACCGCUACCAAAGAGAAGGAGAAGAAGAGCUAUUCCUCCAGCGGAUACACUGGUGACGAUGACAUCAAUGACGUCGCUGCCAUGGGAGGAGUCAACCUGGCCGAGGAGACCCAGAGGAUACUCGGGUCCACAGAGUUUGUCGGCACCCAGAUAAGAUCUUGCAAAGACGACAUCUACCUUCAUUCCACCCCUUUAAUACAAAAAAUUAGUCAAAUCGCGGCAAAACAUGGGUUGGAAGAACCAAGCUCGGAAGUGGCAGCUCUCAUAUCACAUGCGACCCAAGAGAGAUUAAAAAACAUUGUUGAAAAGCUAGCUGUGAUAGCCGAACAUAGGAUAGAUCUAAAUAAACUGGACCCUAGGUACGAGCCUACGCAAGAUGUCCGAGGGCAGCUCAAGUUUCUGGAGGAGCUGGAUCGUGUUGAGCGCAAGAGACACGACGAGCAGGAGCGAGAGUUGUUGUUACGAGCCGCCAAAAGUCGGUCAAAGUCUGAGGAUCCGGAACAGGCCAAGCUGAAGGCUAAAGCCAAAGAGAUGCAAAGAGCUGAGAUGGAAGAACUGAGACAAAGAGAAGCCAAUCUGACAGCCUUGCAAGCCAUUGGACCUCGGAAAAAACCUCGACUGGACGGCUCAGACUCCUUCUCCAUGGCCGGCCAGGCCGCUAGUAGUUCCUCCACAUCAAAUAGCAGUAUGAACAGAACACAAUCGCUGAGACCGAGAUUAAAAAGAGUGAACGUGCGAGACCUGCUGUUCCUGCUGGAGACGGAGAAGGAGACGUGUCACAGCUCGUUGCUGUACAAGUCCUACCUCAAGUGAUACAACUUCACGCCGCGUUGCCUUCACCUUCGCUUCACCCCACACCUUCAUGUCGCGUUGUUAUUUAUUUUUAUAGCUGAAUUUUUUAUGUGUUGAAGUGAGACAGAAGAUAAUAUAGAAAUUAAAAUGUAUACGGGGUUGUACAUUUGUUGUUAUGAUUUAGUUUGUUUGCAAACUCGUAUGUUUUAUAGAUUGUACAGUUAUUUUUAGUUACCAUAUUGACGAAGUAGAAAUCGGGGGCUUGUCGAAUGGGUCUGUACUGCCAUUCAACGCUAUUUAUUGUCAUUGUUAUUUUAAAUAUUAAUAUAUUCCGUGUCAGUCUGUCGCAAGAGUUAGAGUCACUAUGUGUUUAAAUUGUCGAUAUGUGUUUAUUAAUUUUUAAUUAACUUUAUUGCACGGUAAUCGGAUAAACGUAAAUCAUUAACAAUUCUGGCUGUGACUAAAGUUUGUGAAGUCAGAUUUUGCAGCUGGUGUGAAAAUAAAAAAACCAAAGGGGGAAAAGUUUUAUUUCUCAUAGGCUACUUCACAAAAGUAUGGAGAAGAGCCAAAAUAAUUGUAUUACAUUUUUCAUUAUUGAUAAUACAACUUAAUGGCAUAUAUGCUAUUUUGUGUUUAGCAAAAUAAGGAUAAUUCUAGUUUUGUACUGUAUUUUAUAAAUUUUAAAUUGUUAUAUUUAGUUUAGAUAUACCCUAUAUUUACUCUGUUUCUCUGUUUCCUUGAUUUUAAAUUUGUUAUUGUUCAGUUAAUUUUUAACACUCAAAAAAAGUUAUUGAGUAUCAUUUAAACGAAUGAAUUGUGUUCUAAGAAGUCUUGUGUAGAGAUCAAAUAAUCAAUUAUUAUUUUCUAUCAGUGAUCAAGAAAGUGGAUUACCACCUUAUGUUUAAUUAAUUAAUUAUUCUACCAGUUGAUUCUGUGUCUUAUAAACAAAUUUCUUAUGUAAAGCAAAACAACCAAAAUUGAUAUAGGUACAUUGUUAGUUCUACAACAAUCAUUUUAUAAAAUAAAAAUGUACCUAUACAUUUUGUUCCAAUUUAUUCAGGAUUGCACUAUUACAGCAUCCAGUGCUGUAAAAAGUUUACAAUAGCCAAACAAAUGUAUUUGAAGCCAAAAUUCAAGAAAAAAACUUUUCUCUUUGAUUAGACAAGUUUAUUAUUAGUUUUUUAAAUGAUUAUCUUUCACAAUUUCAACCUAAACAUUAAAAUUAACAAAACAUUCUAAAUGGCGACACGCGUAGUGUUAUGCCAAUUGACAUACUGUAGAGUAUUUUUUUUUAGAUUUAUUUGAGUACUUUUCAAUGCACUGUAGCGUAUUGUGUAUUGCAUUACUCAUUUAGAAAUUGUACUGAUAUUUUUAAGACUAACUGUUUGGCCUGUCUUAUGUACGGGGAUCAAGUAGUUAGUUAAAACUAGUUCAGAACAGCUAGUUUACAUUUUAAGUUAGAUUUUUUUCAAGAUCUGUAGAUAAAAACAUAACCUGCACAAAGGUAAAUUCUGACUGUUUUAAUUUGAAAAUCACCUUGUUAGUAAUUAUCACGUGGUUAUCAAUUUUCAUCUGAAUGUAUACAGUAGGCCUAUGCAUUGGAAAAUUGUAAUACAAUAGUUUUACAAUAAUACAUAAUUUUGUCGAUAUGAAACCCUUGAAUUGAGAUUGGGGGCUGAUUUACAUGGUUAUUCGUAGCUACAUUUACUUUAAAUUGCGUAACAUUACUUACUUUGUCUUACCUCCGGCCUCACCAAAAACACACCUCAAUUUUCUUCUAUCACUUGCCUCUUCUAAUGUACACCCCAAUCUGGUGAUGUCUUUCAGUUUUGGUCUUUCAACUUUAUUUUUGGUAUUUCAAGUCGUCGGUCGUCUACCUUGUGGUAUUCCUCAAAAACACUGUUAACAGUUAAAGUAUCUUCUCUCCUCCACACAUGUUAUUAUGUUUACGACUAAAGUUGAUUAUACGAAAGUGUUUAGAUGUAAUAGAAAUUACACAUUUCCUGAAAACGCAAAUUCUUUAUGGUUGGAAAGAACCUAAAAAAAACUCAAUUUAGUAAGAUCGUAAAAGUCAAUCAAAUGGACAAUGUUCAAGUAAACAACUUGUAACGUAAACAUUUUAGUGAUAGUUUAAAAUUGUGUAAAUUUAUCCACGACAACUUAAAUUAAUCCGAGCCUACUUAGUAGUUGGCUUGGCUUGAAGUAAACCGUACAAUUUUCUGCUGUAUUGUUCGACUACAGUUGGUAAGUUUAUUUUAAACACAGAGAAGUAUUGUACAGAGGAAUCUUGCUUAUGGGAUGACCGAGUUCAUCCAGCUUUAGUAUGUUAAGAGGGAAAUAUACUUGUGACGAGCAAGGAAGAGCCCAAGCAGCGAGCACUGUGCAGAAAUCCCUAUUGCACAGGGCACAGGAUCUUCCUCCUAUAAAGACUCAUAAGAGUGUCAUAGAUGUAGGCAGUGUUGGACUUUUCCAUAGCGACCAGCAACUAGUGCUAGACACCACUUAGUAUACCAUUGAAUGUUUCCUCUGUACCUUACUUUUCUGAGCUUGAAAUUAAAUAUUACUUUUGUUUAAAGUACAGUAUCUUAAUUUUAACAAAUUUUUUUUUGUUAAUUUGAUUUUUCCCAUGUAUCUACAUAUGAAUUUUCUGUUAAAUGUUUUUAAAUAGAAAGUUGUCCAAACGCCUAACUUAAUUUACAUGCCAGGGAUCGGUUCAAUGAUUUGUUUCAUUCAGUCUUUGAAGUCUGGAAUGCUAAUCACAUGGCUAUCAACAUACUGUCUUAUCAUUUUAUCUUGUUAGGUUAAAAUGAAUGUUGCCACAAUUAACUAAAAUUGCUCCUGUCCAACAAAAAUAAAAGUUAAUUGAAAUAAACUCCAUCCAAGGAAAUCUCUUAAAGAGUAUUCAAAAGGUAGCUUUAUUACACGAUUUUGAACCAAACUCAAUUAAUUUUGAUCCAAUUGUAAUUUUAAGUAAAUUCACGAGAUGUAGUUAGUGAGAAAAUAGUAUCAUUGAGUUAUGACAUUUUUUUGGUAAAGAUGGCCUUAGGCUAAGAUUUAUAAGGAAUUUUUGGCUACUAGGUUUAACAACAGGUACUGACAAAAAUAGAUGGACUGACAAAAAUAAAUGAAAAUGCACAGAAUUUUUGGAGCUAAUAGUUUCUUCAGUCUCUUUUUUUUCUUGUAGUUUGUUGUUUUUACUAGUAGCUUCAGAAAAAGUUAUAUUUGUGCUUUUUCGUCUAUUUUGUCAAUAAAGUAAGCCUGCUGUUAAACCCAACCACCACAUUGUCAUUCUAAAAUAUAAUCCUGCAAAUUGAAACUCAUCAGUUUAUUUUGAUUUUAAAUAGUUUUAAUCUAAGGCUUUCUUACUCUUUGGUUUUCAAAAGGAAAAUGUCACUUUCUUUUCCUGUAAAUCUAACACCAGCUGUUCUAAAUAAAUGUAAAGUCAACAAUGUAUCUUAGUCUUGCCACAAUUAAGUGGUUGUAUAUUUUUAUAUAAGAAACGAUGAUUAAGCUGUAAAAUUUGCAUAGUAUUACACAAACAGUGAAAAUAAUUUUACGGAUAUUUAUUUUUGUAUUUCAUACUUUUUUAGUCAAACAUAAAAUCCACAACUUGUUAAAUGUUGAGCAUUAGAAAAUUUUGUUGUUUUUAACAGAACCAAUUUUUAUGCUUUCUCAAAGUGUAAGAUAAAAUGUUGGUUUCAUGUUUUCAUUCAUGUUAAUUGUAAGUGUUGUAUUUUACAGUGUAAUAUAGGUAUGGCAUAAUUCCAGUUUGUUAUGAAUAAAUUUUUGAAUAAUUUAUUUUUUAACAAUGACUAUUUUAUUUCAAUCUUUUUCACACUUCUGUUUGUAUUUUUUCUCAACAUGACAUGUCGACAGAAGGUAAAACUACCAAUGUUCAACAGAUGACCAAAUAGUGACCUAUAAAAUGUAUUAUGCAUCCGUUGGUUGACACAAUAUCUUUUUAAGUUAACAGUUAUUACAAUAUUGAAGUUUAUUGUUUAAAGCACAUAUUAGAAAUACCAGAGUUCAUAACCAGAACCUGCAAACUGACAAUAAAAACCGGUUCCAGUUAAUCUUAUCAGCUAGUAAACAAGUGUAUUCUUCACACCAACUAGUUAAACAAUUAGCAAUUUUAUAAUAAUAGACGAACUAGCACUAAUUUAAGAUGAAUGCUAAUAUGUGUCCUGUCUAUUCUCAGAAAUUUUAUACUUCAUCAACAAUAAAUUCCAUGAUCUACUCUUUACUAGUUCAGUUGUCUUGACUAGUCUAAUUGUCAACAUUCGUUCAGGUCAACACCUAUUUUAUAUUUCAAGAUAGUUGAAAAGUUUUGAUUUUAACACUAUUUGUAUUUGGGAUCUUUUCCGUAAACAAUGCAUUUGCUCAGUACUUCCCAUCUCUACACUCAAUUUACAUUAUGAUUAUGCAACCUGUUAAUAUAACCUAGGUAUCUUGGUAAAACCUUACAUUACUUCCUUCAUUACCUACAUGACAGUUUUUGACUGUAUUCAUAAUUAUUAUGGUGAUCUUUUGCUAUUCCCGACCCAUCACAAAAAUCAUAGGAUUUAACUACUGUACUCUUGGAAAAAGAUUUGAAUCCUAUCAGGAUAUGGAUGAGACAUUCUGAUAAGAAAAUAGAGAUAGUCCUAUUUUUAUAGAAAUGUUUCAGUUACUAGCACUUAUCACUAGCAUACUUACAUUAAACAAAAAAAACUCUUUGAUAGAUGAUUGCCAUAAGAUAAAACAAUUAGUUGUGUGUAUUACGGUUGUUUAUUUAAUUCAUUCUUUAACAAAUUUUACAACAAAUUAAUUUCCCUCCUUAAAUUUCAGAGUUAUGACAGUUAACAGCAAUACUCUAAUCAUCAAUAACCGAUAGUAUUAUUGUUUCCCAUUUUACCAAAAUCAUUACAAAAACAUAAACACAUAUUGUAGAGUGGCUAAAAGUACAGUUGUUUUACAAAGAUUCAUACUUCUAGGCCUAACUAAAGAGUUGAAAUUGUUUAGUUAAUUUAUUUUACGACAGAAGAUGUAAAGAAACAUAUUUUUUAUUUAAAUUCAAUAUAAACAAUACCGAAAUGGUUACAUAUUUUUGGUAAUUUGAUAUGUUCUUUGGUUGACUUUAAACACAUUCAGCAAAAAAACAAAGACUGUUGCAUAUUAAAAAUAUGUGCUUGGAUAUACAGGAAAAAUAUGAGUGGGAGUGGAUUUCAUUACACUCAUAAGUCUUUUACACUAUGUCUCUUAGUUUUGUUGUUUAUUAUGGCAGGCCAAUAAUUUGCGGGUUAAAAAUCAAUUGGUUAUCUGUUGUUUAUUGGCUUUUGUGAUGGUGGAUUGUUGUUUAAUUAGUUUACUUUCUGUUGGCUCAACUAAAGUCCUUAGCCAUAUAAUUACUUAUUAUGAUUCUGUUAUCCUUAGCUAAAAGUACUAGCCUAGUUGCUUCAUAAUAUUUAGAGGACAAUGACCAAAUCAUUUUAUUAUUCUAAAAUACUUUUGAGACCCAACCACAAACAUGUUGGAAAUGUCUGUAUAUACUAUUGUAUAUAUUAAGGGUACUGCCGAAAAAUAUUUUUAAAAUGCAAAGUAAAAUAAUUUUUAAAUUGGGAUUGACUGUUUACUACUACCAUAUAAGAAGCCUUACUUAUUGGUACCAUUGAUGUGGUAUUACAAGGGGAAUUGUAGAGCCUUAAUGUUGAUAAGUUGUUCGUUAUUUUUUUUCCAUAAAUGAUGUUUCAAUCAAGAAUUUUUUAACUUCACAUCAAGUAAACCAAUGUAAUGGGCAUUUAGUUGUAAUUAUUUUUCUCAACCCUCCAUAUACUGUUACGUAGGUGUAAGUAUUGUAAAUAAUUGAAUAUAUGUAAAUAACACCCACAUAAUGUUUAAGUGGAGUUUGGCAAGUUUUUCCAAAGAAAGUAAAGUUUGGAUAGGCUUAAACAUUUCUUAGACCUAUAUAAGUUAUUUGUAUAUAAGAAUAUAUUGUACAGUAGUGCUUUUUUAAAUCAAAACAAGUGUUAAGUUUCAAUAAAACAAGAAAACAAAAUACCUUUUGUAAUUUUUUCUUUUGAAAUUAUAAAAUAACUUGACCAGUUGA